CGGGACCGCGACGGCUCGCGAACGCGUCCCGAAACGUUACUAUAAAACGCGGGAACGAACGAACGAGAAAAUACGAAACGCGAAAUUCGAACAUACGAAUCUGUGCAUCUUUUUUUUGAAAAAGGAAUUCGCAAUGAAUGCUGCUUGAGUUGAUUUUUUUUAAUUUUUUUUUGGUUUUCUAAAAAUUUCAUGUGACGAAAAUGUACUUGAGGGUAAAGUUGAAAUGACUGUUCAGUGAUGGCUAGUAAGAGUUUUGUCAUGGCCUGGGCCUUGUGGCUGGCGUUGCCAUUGGCAACUGGCCAUUUGAACGUCCUCAUCAGCAAGGCUGAAGUCAUGAAGUUGCUAGGCCUGGACGCUGAGCUGUAUUACGUGAGGGACGGCGUGGUGAACAACUAUGCCACCGGCUUCAUAGUACCGGUGCCUGCGCACAUCGCAGACCUCGAGUUUAUGUGGCAAGCGCUGGGGAGAAGACCGUUGCCGUACGUGAUGGGUAUCGACUACGACAGCAGGGGCGCCAUGCUGCCGCCGCAAGUCAACAUCUCUGAGCGAGGGUUCGUCCCGACCACGCUGCAGACUUUUAGGGUACGACUGCCGUGUACCGGGACCAGAAGUGCUGAGAUCCUGGUGACUCUACAGCUGAACAUCUCGUCGCCAGACCGAGCCCACAAGGACGUCAGGCUACAGUUUAAAAGGAACAAGAUUUGCUGGAAAGGUCUUUCUUCGAUAGUGACUCACAAUGAGACCGCCCGGCUAGCUGGUGAUGCUUCGCGGGGUUCCAGUGGCGUAUUGUUCGUAGCUGGUGGUUGUGCGGCCGCCGCUCUAGCACUGCUGGCUGCUGCAGCUGCUGCCAACGUGCUUUAUAAGCGGGGCAAUAAGGCGAGACAUCACGACUCUAUACACACUUCGUACACAACCGCAGCUUAUGGCAGUCACCAGAAUGUGCUUCUAAGAUUGGACACUCUUGGAAGACCUCCCAGUUCAACGGGAUCUUACGCCACUAUAGCUAGUCUACACAAAUUCCCGUUCGGAAGCCGUAGGUCACCCUCGCCCUAUGCUACUACACAUAUAGGAGAGCAUAUAUAUGCUAAGCCGGAGUCGAGAGUAUCAUAUUAUGCCGCAUCAAAUCUAACGCACGUCUCUCAACAAACUGCGACGAAAGAUCGGGUGACAGACCCAGCAGAGCAGCUCCACCUGCUAACUACAGCCAGAUCAAAUAUACGUCUGGAGAUAUUGGUCCAUGAGGGAACCUUCGGGAGAGUAUACAAAGGCAUCUUCAAGAAGGGAGAUACGUAUGAAGAAGUCAUUGUAAAGACUGUGUCAGAAGCCGCGUCAGCCAUGCAAGCAGCUCUACUGGUGGCGGAAGGCUUACGAUUGUACGGGCUUGCUCACGCUAACGUACUGUCACCGAUGGCGGCGUGUGCGGAGGAAGCCAGGCGACCGCUCCUAGUCUACUGCUGUGCUUCUCAUUCUUCUAAUCUUAAGAGGUUCCUCACAUCAUGUAGGCUGGGGCACCAAGCGGCACCAGCGACGAGAGAACUAGUAGACCUGGGGGCGCAGGCAGCCUGCGGGCUCGCCUACCUCCACGUUCAGAGGCUAAUCCACGCCGACGUGGCUGCGAGGAAUUGUGUGGUUGAUGAGAAAUUGAGACUGAAAGUGACGGACAACGGUCUGUCGCGCGACUUGUUCCCCGACGACUACCAUUGUCUCGGGGACAACGAGAACAGGCCUGUCAAGUGGAUGGCGCCAGAAUCCCUGCUGCAGAACCAGUACAACACCGCCACGGAUGUGUGGUCGUUAGGUAUAACUCUAUGGGAAUUAGCAACGCUGGGGGCUUCCCCACUAGUGGAGCUGGACGCGGCUGACGUGGGCGCUUUCCUCAGCGGGGGCUACAGGCCGUCUCAACCGCACAACUGUCCCGAUGAGCUGUACGGCCUCAUGUCGUGGUGCUGGUCGUCUUCUAUCACCGCGAGACCGACUGCCCCUCAACUCCUCGCUGCUCUUCACGACUUCAGGCAAGCUCUCAGUACUUACAUCUAGUCUAGAUAUAAUAAUAAAUUUCAAAAACUUUACCGAUGAAAUCGUUACUUCAUACUUAUCGGAACAAUUGUAUUAAAAAUUUUGUUAAUUUGGGAACAAUGCGACUAAAAUACGAGUACAUGAAACGGAUUACGCUACAUUCGAUAUCUGUAAUUACUAAAUUUACUCGUAAAUUUUUCAUGUUUAGCUUUGGGCCGUUUUGUUCAAAAAUCAGUGCAGUUUUGCCUUCUUGUAACAUUUUUAGGUUUUGUUUAUAUCGUAACAGGUAUUAUUUAGAUUUGUCGUGUCUCAAAUUAAUGGCGACACAGAAAAUUACGUAUGUUAGUAAUUUUUAUGCUCGUGUCGCAGUCAAAAAUAAAAGGCUUUCUUCCAUCAUAGUAGAAUUUCUGGAUUAUCUUUCAGGUACAAUGAUUUAUUUGUAAUCAAUGACUUUAUUCUUUAACAGUAAUAAAUCGGGGUGAGGCAAUGGGAAGUAUCCAUGUAUAGAUACGUUGUCCAUUUUCAAUAGUGUUUUAUCAAGCUAUGCUUUUACGGGUUAUUCGUGCUUAUCGCUGUUUUUGUUUUCAACAUAAUUAGUCUUACUUAUUAUUCCAAGUUGAUGUAAAGUCAUAUUCAAAUUAAUCUCUGUUUUAUAUUUAUCAUCACUAAUGAAUAUGAUCUUUCUUCUUCGUGUUUAUUUUUAUACACAUGUUUCAUAAUCUUAAACAACUAUAGCUGUAGCUUUUGUAUUACAAUUAACUGAUAUUUCCAUUACCUUGGCACUAUUCUCUCCUUGAAAUUUACUAUACCAAAGUGCCUACCAAACAGUUGAUUCAGUUUUAAACACUACUAAAUUUUAAGUCCAAAAAAUCUGAAAUAUUUUGAUAAUACUUAAACGCUGCGACCUAUUUGGUCUAAUGGUCAAGCUACUCAUAAACUUUGCAAUUAGUAAUUGGAAAGCCAUAAGAGGAUAUAAAAUAAAAUUAUGAAAGUAAUUGGUCUAAAUAGUAAGGUGAAUAUUCGUAUUUUAUAAAUCAAAAGUGAUAUUUAUUCAAUGUAUAAGAUUGUGUUGUUUUAAGUGUAAGAUCGAAAGAAGAAAGCUAGACAAAUUAUUAUAAUAAUCAUACUUUUGAAUUCUUAGAAUUCUAGAACUUUUUUGGUGUUGUAUUGAUUAGUAAUACAAUUUGUGUCACAACUGUUUUCAUAGCACAACCAUGAAAUUUGAUAAAAAUGAAAUCAUAUAGUAAAGAAAUGUAAAUAAUUAUAAUAAAGGUAAAAAGUAGAACCAAAGUAAUUAUAAGGAAACUGUACAUUAACGAAAUCGAUGCGAAAGGAAUUUAAUUUUUGAGUGUAAAGCAAACGGCUUAUAUGAUAAUCUUAAAUGUUAACUAUAGUGAAUAUUUAAUAAUAAUUUAGAAUAGAGUUCCUGUGGACAUAAAAGUCCGUCCAGGCCACCAAAAAGGAUCAACACCAAAACAGUAGUUAGUCGCAGUGCAGCCGAGGAAAUGACUUCAGUGAAUCAUAUUCUAAGAGAAUUAAGAUCCAAAAUGCCUUAAUAUUUUCUUUGUAUUCGGCAAAAAAAAAUGUCCAAAAGGCUUUUUAUUCCUAGAAUUUUGAUUCCUUGAAGUCAAACAUCGUGAGGCACCUGCGUACAAGAAAUAUAUGUCUAUUAUACCACAAUUAUAAAUAGAGAAAUAUUAUUCAUAUAUAACAUUAGAUAAUAUGAAACUGAGCAGUGUCGGAAUAAUCGCGAUUAAUGUUAAAUUUUAUUUACAAAUAAAUUAUUGUUUCUAAAUACUGUAAUGUAAAUAUUAUUGAUACUUAUAUUCGCCGAGAAGUUAUAGAAACAUAGUCAUAUAUUAAAAAGGAGAACGUGACGAAAAUAUUGUGUUUUUAAUUUGGCAACAUGAUUUUAGGUUUUUUUAAAUAAUGUAAUUUAUAUCUAUGUGCAAUAUUAUAUGUUAAUAUUUUCGAUGUAAACUGUGGUCACACUGGAAGAUUAAUGUUCCAAGUUUUCGUUUUUGAUCGAAUUUGCUAAUGACCUGCGUAUUCGGGUGAUUAGGUGUAUUAUGAUUGUUGAACUUGUGUUUAGGUCAAAGUUUAUUAGUGAUGAUGAGUUUGUUUUAUAGUAUAUGAACUUUUAUAUGUGCUUCAUUCACAAGAUCAAUAGGUUAUUUUAUACAUUUUUCAGAGAACUUACUAGCACAAUCAUGUUAACAAAUGCAAUUGUCACCAGUGCGACUUCAGCUCAAUUUGUGGAUUUCCUUUGAUUGUAAUUUUUGUUUUGUUGUUCUUCAAAUAUUGUUUUUAUGCUAGCUUCGAUACCUAUAUCUUCUCGUUCAUUAUGUUUCAGCAUCUCAACUAUUGAAACUCUAGUAUAAUACGCUAUUUAUAAAAUUGUAUUUAUAUCGCAUUAUGGAUUUUACAGGGUGAUUUGCUCUUAGGCAUUAUAUGCGUCUUUAUAAUAAUUGUGUGAAAAUAGUUUGCAAGUUUGGAAUUUUUGCAUGAGUAAUUUUAUCGAUCUUAUGUUAUGAUUUAUUUCAUUAGCUUUUCUUUACAUUAUAUUAGCUAAGCUUGAGUGAAUGUUAUUACUGUCAAAUUUAUUAUAAGCAUUUGGAAAUAUACAUAAAUAUUUGACAUUAAAAUGUUCUUUACUUGUGGGACUAAAGUUAUGUUAAGGUGUCUUUCUAGAAAUAUAAUCUUGAAGAAAAUGUUUGUCAAAAUUAAAUAGUUUCAUCGUAAUUAAUAUUAAUGGAUACAAAAAUGCUCAAAAGCGUUUAAAUAUAGCGAGUAAAUUAUUCAAUAAUGUAAGUGGGUUCAUAAUAUUAUGGUGAAUUCAUAACAGUGUCACGAAUGAUAAGAGUUUCUACUAUUAUGAAAUAAUAUGGGGUUUCAAAUAUUUAUAUAAAACGUCAUCAUGUUGGAAGUUAUAGUUUUAUAUAUUUUUGCAUCUGACUUCUCUUAUCUAUAUUUGUUAUAAUAUUAAUAUUUGAGUUUGUGCAAUAUGUUGUCUAAUUUUCAUUUAUUGUUUUUUUUAUUACAAAAUAACGGAAUUUCUGGAAUAGCUCUUGCUCGUCUUGAAGAGUCUACGAGAUUAGAAGCAAUUUGACAUUUAAUGCUCUAAGUAUUUAACCUACUUCAUUUGAAGCGUUUUUAAUAAAAGUUAUCUUAUCAACGGGCAAUUUAUAUUGAAAUGCAGCAAACUUGUGUUUAAUUUUUCAAUAGAUCUUCAAUAUUACUUUAAGUAAGUAGGUAUCCAAAACUAUAAAAUUAGGAUACCACCACGAUGAUGCUACAGAUAAAGAUUUCUUUAAAAUUGUCUCUACGAAAUCAUACUUAUACCUGCAAAAGUUUAUUGUUAAUAAAAUAUCUACCUAUAGCACUAUCUUAGGAAAACCAAAUGUAUUUCAAAUGACUCCAAAUGCUAACAUCAAACACGCAAUAACGCAAUCGAUCGACAGUAAAAGCAAAGAUAAGCGUCUUAAGUCCAGUAAAUUAGCAAAUCAGUCGUAAAUAUUUUAUGUUCGUUCAUACUUUCACGCAUUUCAUAAAUUUUAGGAAACACUUGAAUUAAACAGAGUUUUAUUUUAAAAAACGUGCUCCCAAAAAUAAAUAUAGAAACAUUUUAUGACAACAUAUAUAUACAUGUCGGAGUGGGCCGAGCGGUAAUAUAGGCGGUUGGCCACGUGGUUUUUCUUGAUCCGCCAUCUUGGUUAUUCAAUGAUAUUUCCCGAAAAUAAAACUGUAGUCUAGUGACCAAGCUAACGUUUAAUUUGAAUCUUCUUAUUACUUUACAAAAUCAGUUAUGAUUGCCAAGGUACAAACGGAUUGCUUUGUGAAGCGCGGAGAGUUCUGUGCUAACGUCCGUUCACUAUCGCAGCUCACGUCUGAAUGCCGAAUGCCCCUUCCAAUGACGCAUAGCCCCUUAAAUACUACCCUUAGCAUAGACCACUCCCAAGUGAUGACAGCUGUCACUGUCAUUACUUGACGUUUCACAAGGCAAUGGUACUUUUGACUGAUGACGUUUGUUGUCGGUUUAACGUUUCGAAGGAGCGAGUGAGACGCCAUCCGCCGACAUACAUAUUUAUAUAUGUUGUCAAAAUCACACAAUGUUUGGGCAGUUACUGAAUAGUUUGAGUAAUACGUAUUAAAUACAUAAUUGUGAGCAAAUGUGUGAACUUCGUACAACUGCACUUGGAUAUUUGUGUUUGCUAUAUGUAAGUUUGGCCUCUGUUUUUAAUUCCAUAAGGAGCAGGAUAAGUUACUACUUCCAUUUUAUUUAACCAUUUAACUGCUAGAUGUUUAAAUCUAAAGAAAAAUUUACUCAUAAUUUAUAUUUUUGAAGCAUGAAACUGCUUGAUGUUUCAAUCUAAAGAAAAUAUAACUAGAA